AGAUUCUGAUUGGUCGGCGAUGUUCCGACAACAUUUUGUGAAGUCACGAUAGAAAUAUUUUGUGCUCGCCGGACCGCUGCUGCUCCCAAGCGCGCAAAAUUAAAGAGGCGCCGCCGCCUGGAAACGCCUGGACCGCAGCGGGGUUGUUUGGCUUUAUUUAAACCGAGUAAACACUAAACAAACUGAGGAGCAGGAGGAUAUAAAGGAGCCGCGGAGCUAACGGUCGAUUCGACGGAGGACUGAAGAUUUAAAGCCGCAGAUAAGUCUUAAUCUGGAGCGACGAUGUUGAUUAAUGGGAAGGAGGCGGGGAGGAGUUUGACUUCAGCCGCGGCGAGAGGAGACGCAGCGGAGGUGCGGCUGAUACUGGAGGACUGCAGGGUUCACCCAGACACCGCCAACGAGUUCGGAAAAACAGCCUUACAGGUUAUGAUGAUGGGAAACACCAGCGUUGCUUGCCUGUUGCUGGAGAAAGGCGCUGACCCGAACAUACCGGACCGUUUCGGAAUAACACCAGCUCACGACGCGGCCAGAACAGGCUUUUUGGAAACACUCCAUGUCCUAGUGGACUACGGCGCUUCUGUCAAUACCCCCGAUCAGUUUGGAGCCUUACCCAUCCACCACGCCAUUCGAGAGGGCUACAGAGAUGUGGUGGAGUAUUUAGCUCCAUGUUCAAACCUCGCGCAUGAAGAUAAAGAAGGGAACAAUGCAUUGGACAUUGCCAAUGCCACAUGCCCUCCAGAUAUGGUAGAACUGUUAAAACGGCAGCUCGAGUCCACCUUGGCUUUUCAGUCGUAGUGAAGGGGUCUAGAAACAUCUAGAAUGUGACUCCUUAAAACAAUUCUUAAGUUCUAGAGCCCAGUCCUUCGGGGGAGGGGCACACUUUUUUGUUUGUUUUUAUUUGUGUACAAUACUAGAUUAUUAUAUGUUGACUUAUUUUAAUAGAUGAUUAAUUGUUCAUUUGUAUAGUUAAAUCAGAAUACUAGGUGAAGAAUGUAGCAGCAGCAGUUUUGCACAGAGCAAAGUACCGGAGUUGGUAUUGUGGGACUCUUUCUCUGUCCAGCAAUCCAGGUGUUUGCCAUGCACAAUUGUACAUAGCUCUUUUUUCAUCCUUUUACAGCCAACAUUACAUUUACUGCACAUGUUUGUGCAGAAAACUUGAACUGUUAACCUUUUUUAAAAAAAAAAAAAAAAACUAAACAAACAAAAAAAUUAAAAUUACUGUUGCCUUCACUCACUUAGUGAGGUUUGCAACAUGCACUGAUGAACGUAGAUUAUUUACUUAGUUUGUGGUUGUUUUUGUGUUAAAUCUUUAGUGAUGUGUAUAUAACAUUUUAUGAGAAUAUUGACUUAUUUAUUGAGAAAUUGUAAAUAGACAUUUAUGUUUACUGUGGGAUUUCUGAUGUUAUUUAUAAAAUUUCUUCCUCACCUUUUUGCCCCGCCCCUUUGAUUUGAUGUAUUGUUAUUUCAUGAAUUAUUUGGGACAAUUAAAUACUUAAACGUGA